GAACUCUUUUUUCCAGGGCUGAAAACAGCAGAAUCGGCACAAAACGUCAGUAAAACGACCCCCCCAGAGGCCACCUCUCCUCCUUCCACUGCCCCCACGGUCUCCUCGACCACUUCAUCCUCCACCCCCAGCAGUCCUGGACCCAUCCUGGGCCUCCUCACAGUCUCGUGGUCAGCUAAAUGUAAAGGCACCGUCCAGCUCAUCCCGUACCCCCCCCUGGACGGCGCCCCCCUGCCGCUGUGCCACAACCCCGGCGAGGCCGUCCUCAACUUCCUGGAGAGGGUGUGUCGGGGUAAAGAUGGCUGCCAGCACCACGAACGCUGGCUGGACUCCGAGGGGAGCCAGGCCCAGGGAUACCAGGUGACCGAGGGGGGGGCCAGGCUGACCACGGCGUGCCGGCCACUCCGAGUCAAAUGCAAAGAGCGCGCUGAGGAGGGGACGGGUCAGCUGCGGGCCUUCAAAGUGUUGACCGCUCUGCUCUGCUGCGUGCUGCUGGUCAUCCUGCUAAUCCGCUUCACCAGACCCACCGUCAGAGCCCUGCAGAAGAGACUGUCGGACAAAAGGCAGACGCGCUGGAUCGGACCCACGCAGAGCCACAGUGUGUCCUACCAUCGAGGGAACGCUGCAGUCAAAGGCGGAGACGGAGAAAAGAGGCUUUCUUACCCAGCUCUGGAGCGGCUGACGGUGGGAGACAUGGGCGAUCCUUCCCUCAACAGGAACAGCGGCUACAGCUUCUAGCCGGCCCUCUUCCUGACCACCGGUCCUGACCACCGGUCCUGACCACCGUCGUCCUCCCCUGCGCUGUACAUGCUUUUUAAUUAUCUCGUCAGAUACUUGUGUAAAAACAUCACUAAGCUCGUAAAGAAAAUCGUCUGUCAGCUUUUUGGAAAAAAGGCCAAAGCGUGUGUACUUGUGCUUUUUUGCUGAGUCAUGAAGAUGUGUCUACUCAGCCGCAUUUUUCAAAACGGGGUGUAGAUUUAGUGUAGUUUUAGUCCUUUAGCUUUGGAAAGCCACUGGGUUUGGACUCAGGUUUACAUCCUCAGACUUUUCCCCCAGUUUCUUGUCAACUUUCAUCAAACACCAUGAAGAUACGACGAUUAGCAAUCCUAAAAUUGGGGUCAUUUAAAUAAAAAAAAGAGCGUUUUCUAGUGAAGCUGCUCUUAGAUUCAUAGUCACUAGCUGGUUUCAGGCAUCCAUAACUUCAAAUAGCUGAGAGGCAAGAGAAUCUGCUUCAGAAACCGGGAUCAGGAACUUUAAUCUGAUCAUCGGAGUCAUGACGCCACCUUUCUGUCAUGUUUGAAAAUGCAGCUUCUCUGGAAAAAUGUGGCCUUCCGUGUUUUCUCGCUGAGGUGAAGACUUAAUUUUCUUUUCUUUUCACGUAAUGCACCAACAUUCUCAAUAAAAAUCUCAUGAGUUGUGUUGUCUUCUUUUGUCAGACAAUCCUUGUGAGUCACACAUGGUUUGUGUGGAGUUUAGUGGGUUUUUUGGUGUGUUUUCAGUUUCCUCUUUCACCCUCAGUUUGGUCAUAUUUUCUCUCCUGCUUUAAGCUUCUUUCCUCUGCAUCUUUUAUAUGUUGUCUUUUUUUUUACUUGCUUUUGAACGAAU